CAUGACAGGCACACGCUAACAGUCGGCACGUCUGGACCUUGUUUGUCGCUCUCCCAUUCGAUCGCUUGUUGCAUAGUUGCACAAUUGAAAGCACCACUUCAACAGAAAUAAACCAUACCUGAUUCCACCUCGUGACGAGAACGUCUGCCGGUCGCAACGCUGAUGUCUCGCAGCGCUGCAGCCGGGCUGCUGGCGCGGCUGGGGAUAACAUGCCAAAGAUCAUGCUCUGUUACAUUUCAAAUAGCUAGCACAAUCGCGGCGACGGCGUCCAGCGCGCCGAGCUGCUCAUACACGCAGCACAGCCCUGGCGCCUUCGCCUCCGCCGGAGCACCGCGCGGCCUUGCCAGUCUCGCUUUCUGGACGCGGCGCGAGGCCGCAGCCAGCUCGUCUAUUUCGGAUACUUUGAGCUCUGGGGCGCAGCCUCAGCAGCAGCACCUGGCGGCGUCGCGGGAGGCACAGCAAGCACGCGGGUUCGCGGCGCAGGCGGCAGGGCCCGACCACCUUGUGGGCCUCGGCAACCUCCGCGACAACCCCGGGGCCACGCGGCAGCGCAUCCGGGUGGGCCGCGGUGAUGGCUCUCGGCGCGGCAACUACGGCGGGCGUGGCAUGAAGGGCCAGAAGUCCAGAGGCCGCGGGCUGCACAUGCUGUACGACGGCGGACAGCUGGGGCUGCUCAAGUUCCCCGUCACCCGCCAGCGGCCCUCGUACGAGGUGUUGUAUUACCACCUGGGGCUGAGCCGUGUGGCGGAGUUCGUACAACUGGGGCUGCUGGACGCCGGCCGCACCAUCACCAUGAAGGAUCUGUACGACAGCGGAUGUGUGACGAGCAACAUCAAGUACGGCGUGCUGCUGUACGGCAAGGCGCGCCUGGCCGUACCCCUGGACCUGCAGGUGACGGCCUGCGACGCCGACACGCGCGCCGCGGUGGAGUCCGCCGGCGGCCGCGUCACGCGCGUGUACUACACAGCCGAGGGUCUGGGCGCCGUACUGCACCCGGAGAAGUUCACAAGCCGCCGGCUGCCGCUGCCGCUGCCGGCGCCGCGCUGGCACCCGCGGUACGACAAGAAGUUCGACGCCAUCGGUCAGAUCCCGCCCGCAACACGGCCAGUGGCGGCAGCAGCGCUUCCGGCGGCUGCGGCACACGCUUCGGGCCGCGUGGCUUUGGCCAGCGCUUGAGGCCCCGGCAUGCCUUGCGUUGGCGGUGGCAGCUGUGCUUGAGCGAGAAUGUGUUUGUAUGCAAUACCCAUCAUCGUGGGUUCAGCUGUCGGUUGGAUUUGGUGGCGGUGGGUUUUGGCGGCACGUUGGCGUCAUGCUGUUUUAUGCCUCGAGAGCUGAAGGAUGGAGGGAGAGCAGAGUGUACGGUAGAGUGUGAUGGGGCAGUCAAUGCGUGAAGUGGAGGUGAGCGCAUAGAGCAGGCGAUCGGAGGCGGCCGGCGGCGGCGGUAUUGGGACAGGGAGCACGCGGUAACGUGUGUGAUGGGACAGUGUCAAGGCAGGUUGGUGAAGUCCCGUAGGGUGCAGCUGAUUCCCAAACCCCAGCAGAUGGCAAACAAUUUGCAACGGCAGUGCAGGAGCGCGCGGCUGGUCGAAACCCUGGGAGUUACUGUACCGACAAGUUGCUGGCGGGCUGGCGAGGUAACGUCAGAUGGAUGGGAAGCGCGGGACGGCUUGGCGCUGCUGCAUCAUUGGUAUUGGCAAUCAGUUGCCUGCAUGCAUGCUGCGGCUUUGGUGUGGGAUUUCAACGAGACGCGGCGAGGGCAGCACAUGAGGGGUCACGAAAGCUACCGGCGCUCCUGGUAGCCAGGAGCACUCCUGGUAUCAGCCGCACCCGCGCACCCAGCACACACGCAUGCAUGGUCAUCUUCCUGCAGGUGCGCUGCGGCUCUGCAUCGCGAGUGUGGCGUUGCGGUGUGUCUGUGUGGUGCUAUCGCCUGGCCGGGCGCUCGGAGCGUGAGGAAUGCGCAUCAGCAAAC